UCAUUUGUGGUUUAAUAAAAAAUUUAACAAUUUCCGUGUGAUUUCUUACAAAAUUAAUUAAAACAACAUGGGUCGCGCUGAAGUGGGUACUCCCAAAUACCUGGCCAAUAAAAUGAAGGCCAAAGGUUUGCAAAAAUUACGCUGGUACUGUCAAAUGUGUGAAAAACAGUGCCGUGAUGAAAACGGCUUCAAGUGUCACACCACGAGUGAAAGCCAUCAAAGGCAAUUGUUGCUAUUUGCCGAUUGUCCGGGUAAAUUUUUGCACAAUUUCUCUCAGGAAUUUUCCGAUGGCUAUAUGGAAUUGUUGCGGCGACGUUUCGGCACCAAACGGGUAAAUGCCAAUAAGAUUUAUCAGGAGUAUAUAGCAGACAAGGAUCAUGUGCACAUGAAUUCCACGCGCUGGCUAACUCUGUCGGACUAUGUUAAGUGGCUGGGGCGCACGGGCCAGGCCAUAGCUGAUGAAACGGAAAAGGGUUGGUUUGUCACCUACAUAGAUCGCAGUCCGGAGGCUAUGGAGCGCCAGUCGAAGGCCGAGAAAAAGGAAAAAAUGGAAAAAGACGAUGAGGAGCGUAUGAUGGAGUUCAUAGAAAAACAAAUAGAGAAAACUAAAAGCAAAGAUGGUGAGGAGAACAAUGAAAAAGACAAGUAUACGGAAUUAAAAAGAGACGAAGAUCAACCUUUGAAAUUGGAUAUAAGAUUGGAGAAGAAAUUCAAGCCGGAAUCUAUAUUGGGUACCUCAGCUUUGCUGAAAAAACGAAUAAAAGAAGAGCAAAAAGGUGAUUCCGAUAAUGAGGAAGAUGAUGAGGGUUUUAAGAAACCUAAAGCCAUAAAAAUGGAAACAAAACGUAAAGACAAGGAAGCAAAUACUGCAACCUCAGCCUUGGAUGAUAUUAUUAAAAUGGAAGAACAGAAAAAGGAAAGAACAAAUCGUAAAGAUUAUUGGCUGCAUGAGGGUAUAGUGGUGAAAUUCAUUAGCAAGUCUUUGGGUGAUAAAUACUAUAAACAAAAGGCGGUAGUACAGGAAGUUAUAGACAAAUAUAGAGCCAAAGUUAAGUUUCUAGAAACGGGGGAUAAAGUUAAAGUGGAUCAGGCCCAUUUGGAAACUGUUAUACCGGCCUUGGACAAACUUGUGUUGGUGGUUAAUGGUGCCUAUCGUGGCAGUGAGGCUGUUUUAAAGAAAUUGGAUGAGAAAAACUAUUGUGUUACGGUGGAAAUUUCUAGAGGACCUCUUAAGGGCCGCCUUUUGGACAAAGUUCAAUAUGAAGAUAUUUCAAAAAUUUAUUAAAUAAGAUUUUUUUAUGUAGUUUUAAAUAUGAGAAAAGUAAAUAAAAUAAUUUAAAAUAUAA